CUGAAAAGUGAGAUAGAUUUAACCCCCUAAAAUAGAAGCUUGUGAGGCGGGGGGAUUAACAACAACAAGAGUGGGCAUGGCAUUGGCACGUGCGAUUUGGGUAUUAGGAAACAACAUCACUUUCUUCUGCACGGCAUUCGAAGAAGCCAAGAAUUUGUCAUCAUGAACACACAACAAAUCAAACCCAUUUCUCUCUCUUAACACUCAUCUUCAUUCUAUGACAUUCUGGUUUCAACAACCAACCCAGAAUCACCAUCAGAAUCUAACUCACAUUCACUUCCUUUAACUGUUCUUUUUCACCCAUUUAUUGUCCUUGUUUUAUGUGAAAGAAUUCUGUCGCAAAAAUGGGUGAAAGAUUGCUGGCUUUCACACCCUCUGAUCGAGCUCUUGAACAGGCAAUUGUUUCUUUGAAGAAAGGGGCAUAUAUUUUGAAGUACGGUCGAAGAGGAAAGCCUAAACUAUGUCCGUUCAGGCUAUCUACGGAUGAAAGAACUUUGAUCUGGUUUUCGGGCAAGGAGGAACGACAACUGCAACUCAGCUCGGUUACAAGCAUCAUCCGUGGUCACCGGACUAGAAAACUUCAACCUGAAAGAGAAUGUCAUUCGUUUUCGCUGAUUUACAUGAACAAUCAAGCUCAAUCUUCUCUUGAUCUGAUAUGCAGGGAUAAAGAUCAAGCAGAUUCAUGGUUUCUCGGCUUAAAAGCUUUGAUAUCAAGGUGUCAAGAUCAUUUCAGGCAGAUAGAAUACCAAACACGAGCUCAAAAUUGCAUUAACAGUCCGACAAGUUUCAUCAGACGGAAAUACAAUCUCGGAUUCCAGAAAGAACCCACAAAAAUGGCUCAGGUCCGAAGCAUUUGUGCAAGUCCUGCAUCGAUACCGUCUUUAUCCGAUAGGUGUUUCUCCGACGGCCUCUCGCUUUCAUCUGAUAGUUUGUACUCUCGAUCAAGUUUAUCAAGUGUUCACAACUUGACAGAUUGUGCUGUACCGCAUUCUCCGUGUAUUAAACCUGUAGAAGAACCAGAAAACACCCCGAAAAUGGCUGGCCGGUUUCUUCCAUCGGCCCUCGAGUUGUCCCCGAAACCAAAAAGAACCAAACUGAACGAUGUUUUGAUCUGGGGUGAAGCCUUUGAAAACGGAGAAGAUGCAUUGUUGCCAACGGUUCUUGAUUCGGUUAGUAUGUUAGAUGUAGUGAAGACGUCUUUGGCAGGAACACAUGCGGUUUUAGUAACGAAACUUGGUGAAGUUUUCUGCUGGGGCGAAGGAAAGUCGGGUCGAGUUGGGCAUACCGUAAGCUGCCCGAAAGAAGUCCAAACGCUUGACGGGGUUCGUGUGAAAUCUGUUUCCUGUAGCGAAUAUCAAACGUGUGCUCUUACUGUUACAGGUGAACUAUAUACAUGGGGUGAAAACUGGUCCGGUCAAAGUAGCCGGUGGCUCCCUCGACGCGUUUCAGGUGUUUUAGACGGGAUUUGCGUAGCAAAGGUCGCCUGCGGCGAAUGGCACACCGCGAUUGUUUCUUCUUCCGGGCAGCUGUUUACUUACGGGGACGGGACUUUCGGGGUUCUCGGUCAUGGAAACAGUCAAAGUUUGGCAGAACCGAAACAAGUAGAGUCUCUUAGCGCGAUGCGGGUUAAAUCGGUCGCGUGUGGCACGUGGCACACGGCCGCGGUAAUAGGCGUCAUGAAAUCGAGCACUCCGGCCGGGAAGUUAUAUACAUGGGGUGAUGGGGAUAAAGGGAGACUCGGUCACGGGAAUCCUGGAACGAUCGACACACCAACAUGCGUAAUGCCGCUCAUUGGUCACGAAUUCGUACAAGUAUCUUGUGGAAGAAUGUUAACCGUCGGGUUAACAACCACUGGUAUGGUUUACACUAUCGGUAGUUCGGUACAUGGUCAGUUAGGAAACCCGCAGGCACGAGACAACUCGAUAACCCUUGUUCAAGGCAAACUAAAGUUCGAGUUUGUUCGAGAAAUAGCAUCGGGAUCAUAUCAUGUUGCAGUUUUGACAACCAAAGGAAAUGUGUACACUUGGGGCAAAGGAGCGAAUGGACAGUUAGGUGUUGGUGAUACCGAGGAUCGAAGCUCCCCGACUUUAGUCGAGUCGUUAAGACACCGAAAAGUACAGAGCAUAAGUUGCGGUUCUAGCUCAACAGCCGCGAUUUGUUUACACAAAUCCGUAUCUUUUGGUGCGGAUCAAUCGGCUUGUCGGGGAUGCAACAAGGAGUUUGGUUUUAUGAAAAAGAAGCACUGUUGCUACAAUUGUGGCUUCUCGUUUUGCGGUAUGUGUAGCGGUCACAGGUCGAAAAGCGCGUGUUUAGCACCGGAUGAUGCUAAACCUGCUCGGGUUUGUAAUUCUUGCUUUAAAAGUCUUUCGGGUCAAGUGUUGAAGAUUGAAUAUCCGACUCCAAGACCGUUAUUGAUCAAAACAUUAUCUGAAGAAACUGGUGAUAAAGCUUCGGGUUCGGGUUUGGACUUGGAUUACGAGUUGGGUUCUUUGUUAACGGGUCGCGGACCUCGAUGGGGCCCGGUUUCUUCGCCAGCAUCUUUCCGCAAGCAAAGCAAAGAAGAGCCAUUGUCCCGUAUUUCUGUUCGUGUAAACGAUAAUGGGAAAAAGCCAAGUCAAGCAAGUCUCGAGUCAACGGUCAAACGUAAAGGGGCGAAGGACGUAUUCAAGGCCUUGACGUCGAGGUUACAAUCAAUGUCCCCAAGAACUUUUAUGCGAAACCGGUCAAAAGCUCGGGGCGACACACCUAUGCACUUGACAUCUAGUGUAACACAUUUGCCUUGUGAUCAUGGGGCAAACACGAGCCGAUUGAAUGUUAAAGAAACGGGUUCUAAACAAAAUGAAGCAAAGCAAGGCCCCGAAUGGAUGGAACAGUAUCGGCCAGGAGUUUACAUCACAUUCGUUAUGUUACCCACCGGUCAGAAAGGGAUCAAGAGAGUCCGAUUCAGUAGAAAAGUGUUUCGAGAAAAAGAAGCCGAGAGAUGGUGGGAAGAUAACCAACAACAAAUAUACGACACGUACAAUGUUGAUGGCUACAUAAACUCGUUUUAGGUUUGUGUUAAUAUACGAAUCACAGGAGUAAAAAAGGGAAUUGGAAUGUUCGAUCGUCUAGAUUAUAUUAACGACACGAUGACGCUUGAUAUGAUUUCGACGAGAAUUAUGGAUAUAGAAAAACAUCUAUAUGGUGAUCAUAUUCAUUUGCAUUUUUGUGAGCAA